AUGUCAUUUGACAAAAUUUUUCUCCCUCCUGUUUUUUCUUUCUCUCUCAUCAUCUCACUAUGGUUUGUUCUCUCUCUUUCUCUAUCCUCCGUGCGUUGUUCUCUCUCGCCACCCCUCCACAAUUUGUUCUCUCUCUCGCCACCCCUCCACAAUUUGUUCUCUCUCUCGCCACCCCUCCACAAUUUGUUCUCUCUCUCGCCACCCCUCCACAAUUUGUUCUCUCUCUCUCAUCACCCCUCCACAAUUUGUUCUCUCUCUCCACCCCUCUCACAAUUUGUUCUCUCUCUCUCAUCACCUCCACAAUUUGUUCUCUCUCUCUCAUCACCCUCCACAAUUUGUUCUCUCUCUCUCCAUCACUUCUCCCCUCCCACAAUUUGUUCUCUCUCUCUCCACCCCUCCACAAUUUUGUUCUCUCUCUCGCCACCCCUCCACAAUUUGUUCUCUCUCUCGCCACCCCUCCACAAUUUGUUCUCUCUCUCGCCACCCCUCCACAAUUUCUCUCUCUCAUCACUUCUCUACACUUUCUCUCUCUCUCAUCACUUCUCUACACUUUCUCUCUCUCUCAUCACUUCUCUACACUUUCUCUCUCUCUCAUCACUUCUCCACACUUUCUCUCUCUCUUCUCAUCACUUCUCUACAUUUUUCUCUCUCUCUCUCUCCCCGUCACUUCUCUACAUUUUGUUCUCUCUCUCUCAUCACUUCUCUACAUUUUGUUCUCUCUCUCUCAUCACUUCUCUACAUUUUGUUCUCUCUCUCUCAUCUUCUCAUUUUGUUCUCUCUCUCUCAUCAUUUUGUUCUCUCUCUCUCUCAUCACUUCUCCCCAUUUUCUCUCUCUCUCUCAUCACUUCUCUACCGUUUUUCUCUCUCUCUCUCUCAUCACUUCUCCCCAUUUGUUCUCUCUCUCUCUCUCACUUCUCUACAUUUUCUUCUCUCUCUCUCAUCACUUCUCUACAUUUUGUUCUCUCUCUCUCUCAUCACUUCUCUACAUUUUGUUCUCUCUCUCUCAUCACUUCUCUACAUUUUGUUCUCUCUCUCUCAUCACUUCUCUACAUUUUGUUCUCUCUCUCUCUCAUCACUUCUCUACAUUUUGUUCUCUCUCUCUCAUCACUUCUCCCCGUUGUUCUCUCUCUCUCAUCACUUCACUUCUCCCCGUUUUUGUUCUCUCUCUCUCUCUCUCAUCACUUCUCCCAUUUUGUUCUCUCUCUCUCAUCACUUCUCUACAUUUUGUUCUCUCUCUCUCUCUCAUCACUUCUCUCCGUUUUGUUCUCUCUCUCUCUCUCAUCACUUCUCCCCGUUGUUCUCUCUCUCUCAUCACUUCUCCCCGUUGUUCUCUCUCUCUCUCAUCACUUCUCCCCGUUGUGUUCUCUCUCUCUCUCUCUCAUCACUUCUCCCCGUUGUGUUCUCUGUCUCAUCAUGAUCCAUCUUGCACAUUUAUAA